ACAGCGAGUAGCGCCGGAAGGAGCUAGUUUUUACCAAGACAGCUAGGAAGGAAAAGAGAGAGAAAACAGAAGAAAGUGACCAAACCAAACGGUUUGUAAAAUGUCCAGAGGCCAAAAUCUGAGAGGUUUGGUGCAGGAGCGUCUGACUGCGGCUGCUGAAGAUAUAUAUGUGCUGUUUGAAAGAAUCACAGCAGAAUAUGAGGAGGAACUGUGUCGCUGCAAACAGGAGAACGAGAGAAAGCAACGGCUCCUGGACUCGACUCUGAGCCCGAGAGUCGUGCUGACCAGAGCCGGUGUCCACAUGUCCUCUCUUAGUCCUGGUUUCACUCUGAAACAGGAAAUCCCAGAGACUCCACAGAUUAAAGAGGAGACAGAAGAAGAGCACGCCAAACAGGAGGAAGAGGAGCUGCACAUGUCUGUCCCUGAGUCCAAUGAUGGCUGUGUGAAAACAGAAGAGUCCUCACUGCCUCAGCGAAAAGAAACUGAUCACAGAGAGGACACACAGGGAGAGGACAUCAGCUCAGAGACAUGUGUCCACAGAGAGGACACGCAGGGAGAGGACAUCAGCUCAGAGACACAUGUCCACAGAGAGGACACACAGGGAGAUGACAUCAGCUCAGAGACACGUGUCCAGAGAGAGGACACACAGGGAGAGGACAUCAAUUCAGAGACACGUGUCUACAGAGAGGACAUGCAGGGAGAGGACAUCGGCUCAGAGACACAUGUCCACCCCGAGACUGAAGGAGACACGGAGCACUCUUCUGACAUUGACAGUGAUGAAGACUGGCGUGCUCCAAUCGACUUUACAGCUGCACAGGUGGAGACAGAGGCAGAUGGAGACCACCACAACCAAGUUCAGAUCAGAGCAAAAAGCACCACUGUACCAAACUCAGGUCUAUCCCCCAAAUACAAGUCUGCACCAGAGACCAGAUCCACAGUGGACAAUGGGGACAUGUCAGGAUCAGCCGAAGGAGCUGCAGGGGAGAAACACCAGUGCUCUGUUGGUAAAAAGAGAUUUGACUUAAAAAACUAUUUAGAAAGAGUUGACAGAAGAGAGAAACCUUACAGCUGUUCUGUCUGUGAGAAAGCAUUUACUCGAAAGAUUCAUCUCACACUACACAUGAGAACACACACAGGAGACAAACCUUACAGCUGUUGUCUUUGUGAAAAAGCAUUUACUCAAAAGAGUCAUCUCACAGACCACAUGAGAACACACACAGGAGACAAGCCUUACAGCUGUUCUGUCUGUGAGAAAGCAUUUUCUCAAAAGAUUACUCUUACACUACACAUGAGAACACACACAGGAGACAAACCUUACAGCUGUUCUGUCUGUGAGAAAGCAUUUACUCAAAAGAUUACUCUUACACUACAUAUGAGAACACACACUGGAGACAAACCUUACAGCUGUUCUGUCUGUGAGAAAGCAUUUACUGUAAAGAGUUAUCUCACGCUACACAUGAGAACACACACAGGAGACGGGACUUACAGCUGUUCUGUCUGUGAGAAAGCAUUUACUCGAAAGAGUUAUCUCCCAAAACACAUGAGAACACACACAGGUGACAAACCUUACAGUUGUUCUGUCUGUGAGAAAGCAUUUAGUCUAAAGUGUACUCUCAGAAAACACAUGAGAACACACACAGGAGACAAACCUUACAGUUGUUCUGUCUGUAAUAAACGAUUUACCUUCAGCAGUGGUCUGAAAACACAUAUGAGAACUCACUCAGAAGAGAAAUAGGUUGAACAGGGUGACUGAAAAUGAGAAUGAUAUUCUGUUAUCGUUAUAAUGUUAUAGUAUAUUGUACUGUUAAGAAAAUAAAUGUUUGUGCUU